AGAAACCCGCUAUCAAUCAGUCGUUGAAGAGACGUCACAAAAGAGAAGGACGCAUAAGGAGCACAAAGAACGCCGGAGAGAUAAAGGUACGCUGAAAGUCAUGGCGUUGAUCAGUUUAGAUCAAUGGUUUGUAACAAACGUUUCUAUAAAUUUGUUCCUUGCCAGAAACCCGCUAUCAAUCAGUCGUUGAAGAGACGUCACAAAAGAGAAGGACGCAUAAGGAGCACAAAGAACACCGGAGAGAUAAAGGUACGCUGAAAGUCAUGGCGUUAAUCAGUUAAGAUCAAUGGUUUGUAACAGACGUUUCUAUAAAUUUGUUCCUUGCCAGAAACCCGCUAUCAAUCAGUUGUUGAAGGGACGUCACAAAAGAGAAGGACGCAUAAGGAGCACAAAGAACGCCGGAGAGAUAAAGGUACGCUGAAAGUCAUGGCGUUAAUCAGUUUAGAUCAGUGGUUUGUAACAGACGUUUCUAUAUUUCUUGCCAGAAACCCGCUAUCAAUCAGUCGAAAAACAGUUGUUGAAGGAUCGGGAGCGGCUAAUUAAGUAUAGCUGCAUCAGAAGUUAACCUCUGAUUGAGUGGAAGUCUGUGACUUUAUUUUAGUAGCUGUUUAUUAACAGGUCUUAAGAAGACGCGAACAUACAGUUAAAUCGUUUCCUUUAUCAUAGUAAAAGAGUAGUUUAGAAUGUUUGGACAAUCAACCAAUCAAAAUCACUUCCCGGUUUUCGGGUAGUGACGUCACUGGACGGCGUUAGCGGCUCGUUGAUUCAGACGUUUUUCACGGGAGUUUGCGACUCGAGGAGACGACUGAAAUUCAGGCUAACAGUAGUUACCAUGGAUGCUGGUAUCAUUUUAUAUUGUAGUAGCUAUUUAGUUCUUAGAAAGUCAUGAACACAAAAUUAAAUUCUUUCGGUUGUCUUCUUUUAUAUGUAGGCGGCAAAGAAUCUACGAGGAAGGGAAAGACGAGAAAAAAAGCAUAAAGAGGGUCGGGUGACAGAACAAGGUAUGGUGAAAGUCAUAAGCUUCAUGUAAACCAAUGACGUGUGUCGACAAUUCCAAAACUAAUGGCCCCUCGAAAGGAACGAUUAUUUUCUGUCUUUCACUGGAACCUCGAAUGGAACGGUCCCACGAGAGUAGCGAUUCUCCUGAAAAUUGCGCCCCUUUCAAAAAUAGCCUCUCAAGAACAGAAGAAUGCAAUAUCUCUUAUAUAGGGGACCUUACUAAGAUACACCGUUUCCGUGCACAGGUACGGCGGGUAAAUGACCCGGAGAAACGGCAAAGCCACUGAGUAGAACGAUGACGGCAUCUAGGAAAUCAUGGUCUCCUCUUUAAUAACUACGUAGCAAAUAUGUUGGUUUAUCCGAACCCGUUAUUGGCCCGACAAACCCUUUACUUACUGCUGCAGAACUAUAUAAGCAGUGAAUACGGAAUGAAUUAAAUGUUAUUUUUAGUUUAAACUGCAAAUCGUAAUUCCCUAUUAGAAUCCCCUAAAAACUCGUUUUUAGUGCCAGUCUACGAAUUAAUUGCCCUCAGCUGGAUUAAAAAAACGUGGAGAUGCCAAACGCGUUUUGCCUUUCCUGGUUAACCUUGAAAUCAUCUCUUCUUGUAAACGAUUGCUAUACUACAAACACUUUUUAAAUACCCGAAAGUAACCACUGACCGAAAGGAACGACCUCUUUGAUCCGCUAAACCUCUCCCGUUACUUUCCAAGUUGUACGGUAACAGCUUAUUUUGUUCCAUGAAAUCCGAUAUCAACAUGAUCAAGCAGCUACAACAGAUUUGUUUGAAGACCUUUAAGAAAGGCAAAUAUUCGUGGUUGCAGCACAGGCCUGAGAGCCUUUUAUGGAGUGGAAGUCUGUGUCUUUAUAUAUCAUAGUAGCCUCUUAUGAGCAAGUCUCAAGAAGUUAUGUACAUUAAAUGAAAACUUUUUGGUUGUUCUUUUGUACAUUUAGGUGACGAAGAAUCUCCACGGAAGAGAAAGAAAAGAAAGCAGCAUAAAGCGCAUCGGGUGCCUGAAGGUAGGCUAAAAGUCAGCGUCAUGUAAAUCAAUAGUUCAUACUGAAUAACCUAGAAAAUACUUCACAACAAUAUAAACAGAACGUAACCUUACUUUGUUCCGUGAAACUCGGUAUCAAAGCAAACAUACGGUAUUUUGUGUUAAUUUGAAAUUCAAUUUGAUUGAUUGAGCAUCUGUACCUGGUUUUAUAACAUCUGUUUGUAACACGUCUUAGGAAGUGAUAAACUGAAUCCUAAAAUUAAAUCUUUCGUUGGUUUAUUUUUCAUAUCAAGGUGACGAAGAACCUCGUCGAAAGAGAAGCAAAAGAGAAUAGGAUAAAGGACAGUGGAUGACUGAAGCAGAAGGUUCGCCGAAUGUCAUAAUCAUUUGCCGUAUUUACUCGAAUAAGCGCCGCGGUGCGUAUAAAAAUGUCUACUCCUCAAAUGCGGCGCUUAUUCGAUGGCGGCGUUUAUUUGAAAGUUGGACUCGACAAAGCAUUAUUUUAACUAUGAUAUUAUUAUCUUGCGUAUUGAUUUAUUACAGAAUUAACAUCUUUUGAUUUUGAUUGUAUCAGGGGGAGCGACGCUUAUUUGAGUAAGACGGUAUUUAAUUCAAUCGAUUUAAUAGCAUGUACCAGUACAAUUGUAUCUAUAUUACCUCCAGCAACAGUUGUUUAGUGAAAGAGUAGAAGAAAAAAAUUACUCGCGGGUAAUCGACUGCUAUAACCGCAUGCACUCACUCAAGUUUCCUUUUUUUUCUGUUUCUGUCACCAGUAUAUGAAAUUUAUGGAGUUAAUUUGGCGAUUAACGCCCUGGUUGAUUGAGUACCAAUGAGACACUAGCGAGCCCCAAUUAACAGUUUCCUCGUUACAACAAUUUUCAUUUUAUGUAGUAAACCUAACUGACCGUUAUAAAUAAACAAACUACAAACUGUAUAUUAUUAAAAAAAAGUCAAGAUCGAGGUCUUAGAUGAAAGGUUCCUUGCGAUGCACCUUGGUAUGUUGUGUAAGAUUUUCCAAGGCGGCAUUUUCCCGUGUUAACUUCAGGGGUCAAUGGAUGGACUUUUCAUGACAUAUUGCAUGAGUGCUUCAAAUAGUUGCAAAACUAAGCGGCAUCGUAUUGAGGGAGCAGUAUACUUAAAGGUCAUGAGUAUGUAAUUAGUGUUUCGCGCUGCACUAUAAUGUCACGUGGGGUGAUCCUAAUUUGUAGCUUUAUUUCUCUGCAGAUGGUCCGGUUUUAGCGGGAGCUCCUAUAAUUCCUAUAGAGUGCAUUGAUCCAGCCACGGUCUGGCACCCUUCGAUGAAAACCUCCCUCUUAAUUCAUGGUUUGCGGGGAUCGCCACUGUUUGACCGGGGAAUUGUAACAGCGGGUUCUGUUACGUUCUUGGUCUGACCACACCCUCCAGUUAUCCCAGUGGUACUUUUUCCUGUAUGGAGCGGUGGGCCGGAACUGGCACUACGUGGAUUGUAAUCGGAAAGUACAAUUCCUAGCGGGACGCAUCUCUCUGAGCCUUGAAUCUGACGCAAGUCUAUAAGCGACUAAACUACGGCGGACAUAAACGUUUCAAUGAUUUCAAAUUUUUGUUAACAGCGUAUUUCAAUAGUACAAUCUGCUCACUACUGUAAGUAAUAUUUCAUUAUUUUUGACGAGAAAAAGUAUAUGCAAUUGGCAUCGAACACGUACUAAAUGUAUACAGUCCUUCGAAUCAAUCUGAAAUAAGUCCGUGGGCGACAAUAUUACUCUGCACAUAAUUGUUACGGUGUAAGAUUUGUACAAAUUCUAAUCUUUGUGAAGUGCAAUCGAUUUUUGGUAUAUUUAUUGCUGUAAAUAAUAUUCAAUUAAACUUAUUGACACGAACAAAACUGUAAUUCUGCUGUGU